GGCCGAGAGAAAUGAUGGCAGGCGCGCUUGCCAAUCGAUUGCCUGCUGUACCCUCGAGCCCGGUCUGUCGGUCGGGCACGGUCCCCGCUCUAUACCUGAACGUAGGUAGGGGGUUGAGAAAGAGGGAGCUCGAAACUCGAGGGGAAGGGGACUGCCGUUGGCAGGAAGUGAGCUCCGCGACCCCAAGGCGUAUGGUACAAAUGCUCAGACAGUUUCGUUCUCUCGUGCAGAGUGGAAGUUGUGUCACCUUUCUUCUGCAUCGGUUAUUCUUCGUUUUCGUUGACAUCGUGGUAGAAGAGCGAACGGGGAAGAAGCAAUAAACAAUAAAACACGUAGACACGUGCUAAGCCACGGGGCUAAGCCUACACACGGGGGAACCUGUAUACGCGAGUGAAGAACUCGGAAGGAUACCUCGAAGACAGGAACAGUGAUCGUGAACAGUGACAUUUGGUUCGCUGGUCCUCCGUUGGUUUUGCUUUUCUGGUCUCGUUCAUUCUACCGCACGCGCCGUUUAGGUGCCAUCGUCGGAUUUCAAAGAAGACCGCCGCGCCGGAGCAUCCGUGUUUUGCUGAUGCGUCGUUGCCGCAUUGUCGUGACGCGAUUCGUCGAGCGUGCCGUGGCCCACAGCCAGUCAGAACGGAUGGCGAACGGUACGGAGUGGUGAGAGAGACUAGCAAGUGAGGGGAAGAAAGUGUGAUAGUGUCGUCAGUUCUCGCUCGGACUCUGUGACUCACAGAUCGUACGAAGAUCUCUUUGGUGAAAGCUGCAAAAAGAAGAUAGAAAAGAAAUCGCAUUACAAAACGGACAGUGCGUAGGAGGGCGGUGUCGAGUAGUAUGACGAUCGCGAGUGGUACUUUCUGCCGAGUUCGCGUUUAUACGGGGUUGGGCGCCUCAUGAACGACACUUGCGACUGGAUCCAAGGAACUGCGUGAAAUAAAGAUCGUAUACGUACGGAAUGCGCCUUCGUAGUUGGCACAUUGUACGACCACCAGUGCGCCCACGCGAUCGUGUAAUCGAUUGAUCUUACGCAGUGCCGAGAAACGUGCACGCGCGUGUCAGAAUUUUCCACUGACAAAAUAGAUGGUGGCUACGACUUGGUCAAUCUAGAAUCGGACGAUCUUGAUAUCACUGCUUCAGAGACAGUUUUGCGUAUAGAGAACGUGAGGAAGAAGUGAUAACUCGGUUAACCCGGAUAAUUAGCCGGUGAUCGAUCUGAUAAUCUCGGCGUGUUCCGUUGAUUUUCUUGACGUCGAACGGUACUAGAAAACGGCGGCAAACUGUACGGGCACAGGGAGGAAGACAUGCUCACGAUGGAGACGGACAUGAAGGGCGGCAAUCUGCACGGUCAGAUGCCACCGCAUCCGCACCAGGGUGUAUCGCCGAUGGGUCACCAUACGGGAAUGUCUCCUUAUGGUACUCUCGGUUCGAUAGUUCACAGCCCGGCGCUAUCGGGAAGUCCACCCAGCGCGGCCGGUCUAAGUCUUGGUCUUCAACAUCAUCACCAGACAUCAGCUCAGCAUCAUUAUAGUUCGAUGGCAGCCGCCGCUGCUGUUCAACAACAGCAGCAAAACAUGCACGCAAUGGCUGCGCAACAGAAUGCCCAGCAGCAGCAACAACAGCAGCAUCAUUCUCAUCAACAACAGCAACAGUCGCAAUCGCAACAGCAUCAUCAGCCUAAUAAUCAUAGCAACCCCAAUAAUCCCAACAACCCUAGCAACUCUGCCAACGCCAAGAACAACAAUCUGGAUCGCGUGAAGAGGCCGAUGAACGCCUUUAUGGUAUGGUCGCGCGGCCAGCGGCGCAAGAUGGCUCAGGAAAAUCCGAAAAUGCAUAAUUCUGAGAUCUCGAAACGCCUCGGUGCCGAGUGGAAACUGCUGAGCGAGUCAGAAAAGCGUCCGUUUAUCGACGAGGCGAAGCGACUGCGCGCAGUUCACAUGAAGGAGCAUCCGGAUUAUAAAUAUCGACCACGACGCAAGACAAAGACCUUACUGAAGAAGGAAAAGUUUCCACUUACCGGCGGCGUCGCCGGUGUUAGCGGUAUGCUCGUCGAUCAGCGACAAGUCAGCAGCGGCGGACCGCAGCAGCCGCAAUUGUCGCGCGAUCACUAUCAAAUGUCCAACGGUUACAUGCCCAAUGGUUACAUGAUGCACGAUCCGACAGCCGCGUACCAACAACACGUCGCAUACGGCGGUCACAUGGGAAACGCCGCGGCAGUCGCUGCAGCAUCGGCUGCUGCCUAUCCAAGAUACGACCCCAUGAGCCAUCACAUGGGCGGCGGUAGUCCCAGCCCUAUCAACAAUUACAUGAACGGAUACGGCGGAUACGGCGGUACCACUGUGCCCGGCGGCUCGCCGUCACCCUAUCACCAGGCUCAACCGGGCUCUCAGAUGUCAAGUCAUAGCCCGAGCGGCAGUAGCAUAAAAUCCGAACCGACGAGCCCAGCGAGCGGCGGUAUCCACACGCCGACGCCGACGGCCGGUCCGACGUCGACGGGUGCGGCUGCGGUCGCCAGCCAGGCCGUCAAGCGGGAGUACAUGGGCCAGCAGCAAACGGGCCAGCAAACAUCGCAAGGCGACCUCAGGCACAUGAUCUCCAUGUAUCUACCACACGGCCCCGAUCAAUCCGCGGGUGUCUACUCGCCAGGACCGUCGCCGGACUCUCUUCAUCACUCCAUACAACCGCUCUCACACAUGGACUAGUCAAUCACGAGUUUAUCGAUAGUAACAUCUCCAUGGAUAGGCUCUCGGAGAAAUAUGUCUAAAGAAAAUGAAGCAUAAUAUUUACAUUUGAACGGAAAGGAAUGUUUUGGAUCAUUGAAAAUAAGCCAAGCAUAAUUCUCGCAUUGCCAGAGAUUUGAUCGAAAGAACUAUGCGUUUAAUUCGCGGCGCUAAUCUUUUAUCAUUGAAUAUUGCUGACAAAAUUUUAAGUUGUGCAAUGGUAAUGCAGUUUAUUCCGAUUCGACGAUGUUGAUUGCACCGACGCUCGCUCCGAAUAACGAGAAUUAUCGAUAAUCUUCGUCAAUGUCAUUCGGAGAUUAUCAAUCUUCGAAAUUCGUGAAUCGAGCGUUAUAGACUCGCAGGAGAUCCGUCUUGUGAUUCGUAUUUUUAUAAAUUAUUUUAUCAAAUUGUCAUAUUUAAUUGUUAUAAAAAUAAUUAUUAUAAAUUGUUUAUUUUAUAUUUAGAUUCUUUUGAAUGACUUGCAUUUAAUAAUUUCUUAUUAUAAAUUUAUAUGCAUAAUUGAAAUUAAUUUUUUUUGUAUUAAAUUCUUUUAUUACAUAUACAUAGAUAUGUAUAUAUAUAUAUAUAUAUAUAUAUCUGACUCGAAUUCUCAAGAUAAGGAUCUCCUAUGUACUCUAUGUAUACGCACUAAUUCGUGAGUGUCGCAUUUAUGAGUGUAAUGUCCCUUUCAAUGCUUAUUACGUCCUUAUUAAACGGCUGUGAACAAGAUAUGUACAUAAAUAAUUAUUAUCUUUGUUCUACCUUAUAUAUAUAUACUUAUUUUAUGAACGCGAACACUCACGAUUUUCUAUCGCAGACGAUUUAUCGCAUAUGCUAUCGUGACAAUGCUUCUGGAUCCUCUAUCAUCACACUCCAAUUAACUGCUAAAAACGAUGAUUUACGAUUUAUGUAUAUCACUGAUUCGCACGUUUUUGCGUCGGAAAUACGCGCGACGAGAUGCUUCGCGCACUUAAUUGUUACAAGAGUUAGUAAGAUGAACUUGCAAGACGCUGUUAGAAAAAUUGUAGACCGACGUUUUUCCUAUCGGCAAUGGAGGAAACUUGAACCUUCGAUUUGCGUGAACCAAAGCGCAAACGUGUAGUGCACUUAAUAAAACAUGACACUGACAAUUAUGAAUUUUACUGGAAUAAUAGCUACUUGAACAUAAUAGCUAUUAAUGAUGGUUGCAUCUACUUAGGGUUGCAAUGAACCUACGUUAUGUAUAUAUCCAGUUUUUAUACUAAAUAAAUAAAAAGCAUUUAUUAAAUCGAACUUCAAUCAUUUAUACACUUUUUGCGAACUUUUGUUUCGUACACGAGUUUUUUUAAUCAUCCCCCCCUUGAGCUCCAACUUGAUGCAGGAUUUGUUUCUACUGGAGAUUUGUUUUAAAAAAAUCUUCAAUAUAUAUAUUUAUACGAACUAUAAUCGAAUUCAUAGAAGGCAGGAUACAGCUU